ACAAGCUCCAACUUCCUUGAUGUGAAGACGGUGGAUUGUGAAGAUAUAAAAACUCUGUACUUUAUCCCACUCGAUAAAUGUCUGUUCAAUUGCAUUAUUCCAUUUUUCAAUUUUUUCCUCAAUUUCUCUUAAACCCUCAACGAUGGCUGCGGAAACAUUUCCAUACCAAAACGGCGUUGUUGCGAAAAAGUCGAAGGAGAACGAUCGGCGUCGCCGUCGCGGGAAGGCGAAGAAAAACAACAAAGCUUCUGAGCAGCCAGCUUCUAACAUCGGCGAAGAUAGUGACAAUGCUAAGGAGAAUACUGAUCCGAAGCAGGUUUUUGAACAAGUUGAAAUUGAGUAUGUACCAGAGAAGGUAGACCUAUACGAAGGCAUGGAUGAAGAAUUUAGAAAAAUAUUUGAGAAAUUUAGUUUCACUGAUGUCGCUGCAUCAGAGGAAACUGAUAAGAAGGAUGUGGCGGAGGAAACUGCAGCUACUAAAAAGAAAGCUAAUUCCGAUUCUGAUUAUGAGGAUGAAGAAAAUGAUAAUGAGCAAAAAGAAAAAGGCGUAUCAAACAAGAAGAAAAAGGUGAAGCAAUUUUUAGCAUGUAAAAAAUUCUAUAAACUCAAAUUGGUGGCUAGCAAAGGGGUGACCAUGGAUGUUAUCAUGGGAGUUAUUACUAACUUUGCUACUAAAACUGCCGAAUUUACGGUUGAAGCUAUUGGUCGUCAAUUUGGUUACAUACUUUAUUACAAGGGCAACCUUACCAGGAUGACAACUGAUGUCCAACGUGUGGAGGGAAUAAAAGACAUUUUGCAACACAAUGUUGAUGAGGUCAGAAGGAACGGAGAAGAGAUUGAAAAUAUUGUCCAGAAUUGGUUGAACACAGUGGACAACACUGUUGCGGAGGCAAAUGAACUUAUUGACAGUGAAGGCCAUGCAAAAGCUCAAUGUUCUAUGAGACAUUUUCCCAAUUUGUGCACAAGGCACCAGCUAAGUAGGAAGAUGAUAAAGAUGAUGCAAAAGAUUUCUGAACUCGUAGCAGAAGGAAGUUUUGAUAAAAUUUCUUACCGUGCUGCUUCUCAAAUCACAGUUAUGCCGUUUGGUAGAGGUUAUGAGGCCCUUGAAUCAAGAACAUCAAUGUUGAAUGAGAUUAUACUGGCAUUGAAGGAUCCUAGCAUAUUCAUUGUUGGGGUGUAUGGAAUGGGUGGUGUGGGGAAGACAACACUGAUGGAAGAGUUAUCUUGGAAAGCGAAGAAUGAUGGGUCAUUUAGUACUAUUGUUAUGGCUACUAUAACAAGUUCACCAAAUCUUGAAACAAUUCGAUGCCAAAUUGCUGAAGCCUUGGAUUUCAAGUUUAAUAAGAAGACAGAAGAAGGAAUGGCAAGAGAAUUACGUGAUAGGAUAACCAAGGAGAAGCGUAUUCUUGUUAUUUUGGAUGACAUUUGGGGGAGACUUGAUUUGACAGAACUAGGGGUUCCUUUUGGUAAUGAUCACAAAGGAUGCAAAUUGGUGGUGACAUCCAGAGAUCUUAAUGUGUUGAUUUGUGAGAUGCGCACUCAAAAAGAAUUUAGACUUGAAGUUUUACUUGAGGAGGAUAGCUGGAAAUUGUUUGAGAAGAUGGCAGGUGAUGUUGUUCACGAAUUCAAUAUAAAACCAAUUGCGAUAAAGGUUGCCAAAUGUUGUGCUGGUUUGCCCCUUUUGAUAGUCACUACGGCAAAGGCUUUGAGGAAAAAACAAGUCUCUAAUUGGAAGGAUGCCUUAAAUGAAUUACAGAGAUUUGAUCAAGAAGGGUUGCAUAAGAAAGUUUACUCUACUCUGGAAUUGAGUUAUAAUUGUUUAGAGAGUGAAGAACUGAAGUUGCUAUUCUUAUUAAUUGGUUCCUUUGGACUGGAUUACCUCUACACUGGACCACUUUUUGUAUGUUAUUGGGGGUUGGGCUUAUUUACACUUUCUCACAAAUUGGCAGAUGCAAGAAUCAGAUUCAACAGAUUAAUAAAUGACCUUAAGGCAUCUUCAUUGUUACUUGAGUCUGAAUUUGAUCGGGUUAGAAUUCAUGAUUAUGUAAGAGAUAUGGCUAAAUCAAUUGCAUGUAGGACUCGACCAACCUAUGGGGUGAAAAGGUACACUAAAGUAAAUCAAUGGCCUGGGAUGGAUGAGCUUCGAAAAUGCCAUCAGAUCAUCCUUCCUUGGUCUUAUAUUUACAAGCUUCCUGAGAAGUUGAAGUGCCCAGAGUUGAAGCUAAAGGUCAUUAGUUUAUAUGGAAUGAUGUUUGCCCCCUCUCCACCAACUUCACUAUGUCUCUUGACGAAACUCCAAACAUUGGUUCUUACUGGAUGUGUGUUAGAAGACAUAUCAAUAGUUGCAGAGUUGAAAAGUUUAGAGAUUCUCAGGCUUGAAAGAUCUGAUAUUAAAGAGCUCCCAAAAGAAAUAGGACAACUAAAUAAUCUUCGAAUGUUGAAUCUAACCAACUGUUCUGCAUUGAGAUUCAUUCCUGCAAAUCUUAUUUCCAGCUUAACGUGCUUGGAAGAGUUGUACAUGGGGAAUUGCUUUAUUCAAUGGGAUGUCAAGGGAAGCAACGAUCAAAGCAAAAAUGCAAGUCUAGAAGAGCUAAGGAGUUUGUCUCAUCUAACCGCUUUGGACAUAAUGACUCAAGAUGCUUCAGUUUGGCCUAGGGACUUGCUAGUCUUUGAAAAGCUUGAAAGAUACAACAUAUUUGUUGGUGAUAUGUGGAAAUGGUCUUUGGACUGGUCUGGAAAUGCAUCUGAACCUGCCAGGAUACUUAAGCUCAACGACAGUAGGGGUUCAAGCAUUCUUUUGGAUCGUGGAUUUAACUCCUUGUUGAAUUCAGCCGAGGACAUGUGUAUUUCCAAAAUACAUUGUGUUAGAAAUGUUCUUUAUGAGCUGAAUAGGGGAGGUUUUCCGCAAUUAAAACAUUUGCGCCUUCAAGACAGCACUGAACUUCAGUACAUCAUUAAUUCAACCGGGUGGGUUCAUCCCUAUCCUGCUUUACUCAACUUAGAGACUUUGGCUCUUCAAAAUCUGUUUAAUCUGGAAAAAAUAUGUCAUGGGCCAAUUCCAAUUCAAUCUUUUGUCAAACUAAAAUCUUUUGAAGUCAAAGGUUGUGACAAAUUGAAGAAUCUGUUGCGGUAUUCCCUUGUUAGAGACCUUCCUCAACUUCGUGAAAUAAAAAUUGCUGAUUGCCAAAUGAUUACAGAAAUCAUAUCUGAGGUGGAUAAAGAAAUUGACAAGAUUAUAUUCCCUGAGUUGUGUUCUCUUGAACUUGAAAGUUUGCCUCGUCUCGUUAGUUUAUGUGCGCCAUUGACGCAGUGCAUACAUGUGCCACUAAUUGAUCAAAAGGUUGUGAUGCCCCACCUUGAACUAUUGAAGCUGUCUAACAUCAAUUGUGAGAAACUGUGGGAUGACAAACUUCUGAGUCAUUCUCGCAUGCAAAACUUGAAGAGUUUGACAAUGGACAAAUGUGGUAGCAUGAGAUACGCAUUCUCAUCCUCAGUUGCUAGAGAACUUGUAAACCUGAAAUCUCUUAAGAUUAGUAAUUGCCAAAUGUUGGAGGAAAUAUUUGUCUCAGAUGGAGAGUUGGGCAGUGUUCCUUUACCUCCAAUGUUGGAGACAUUUGAAAUCUCCAACUCUAAUGACGAGGAUCUACUUCCAAUGUUAGAGACAUUUGAAAUCUCCCACAUGGAACACUUGAAGUCAGUAUGGCACAAUCAACUAGCCCCAAAUUCCUUCUGCAAAUUGAAGCAACUGAAAAUUCAAUUCUGCAAUAAAUUAUCAAAUAUAUUUCCAUCUAAUGUUCUUGAUAAAUUACAGAAGCUGGAGACAAUGACUGUAACAGAUUGUCCUAAUCUGGAAGUUGUAUUCGAAACACAAGGUCUAAAAGCAGAUGGUGGUAGACAGAUAAGGCUGGAUAUGCAAUUGAAAACUCUCACUUUGAAGAAUUUACCGAUGUUGAAACACAUAUGGAGUGGGAAUCCUAAUGAAAGCUUCAAGUUUCAAAACAUCUGCCUAUUGAAAGUUAAUGAAUGUAAAACCCUUAAUCAUGUCCUUCCCCUCUCUAUGGCUAAAGAGCUUCAGCAUCUCCAAGAAAUUUAUAUUGAAGAAUGUGGCAUAGAGUUUAUUGCAGCACAUGAUGAAUUGGCUGACACAUAUCCGAUACUUAUUUUCCCAGAAUUAACAUCUUUGAGUUUUCGAGAUUUGUCACAACUUCGAAGCUUCUCUCAUAAAUUACAUACCUUGGAUUGUCCUGUUUUAAGACAUGUGGAUGUCCUUCAUUGUGACAAGCUUGUUCUAUUCAAGCCAAAGUCUCUAAAUUACCAAGAAAUUGUUCCAGUUGAUACAGUACCCCUUCUCUCAAUCGAAAAGGUGCAUUCUACAUCUCAAUACUCUGCCAAUAAAUGGCAGAAAUACUUAUACACACCAAAAAAUACAUUUUUAAUAGAUAAGUGGCGUGCUACUUGUUAUUUUCUCAUUGAAAAAGGGAGCAAAAUUAGAGUGUUAGUUUUAUUCCAUGUUUUCUUAAAGUUCAUAUGA